AAACCCACAGACAAAAGAACCAUCUGAAGAAGAGAGGAAGAAGCAAAAAUGUCAAGCAGGCGACUGAGGGCAUUCAAGAGGUGGAUGAUAUCCCAAGGCAUUGAAUGGAGCAAUGACACUCUCCAAUUUAUCGACACCCCAGAAGAGGGAAUCUCAGUGAAUGCAUUGUGGGAUUUGAAAGAAGGAGAUUUGAUUGCUAAAAUACCAAAAACUGCUUGCCUUACUAUUAAAACAAGUGGGGCUCAAGACUUGAUUGAAUCUACUGGUUUGGAUGGUUAUUUGGGACUAUCAGUGGCUCUAAUGUAUGAGAAGAGCUUAGGUGGGGACUCUCCUUGGGCUGGUUACCUUCAAGUCUUGCCUGACUGUGAGUGCUUGCCUUUGGUUUGGUCUCUUGAUGAAGUUGAUCUGCUCCUUCGUGGCACUGAGCUCCAUAAGAUAGUGAAGGAAGACAAAGCUCUUAUUUAUGAGGAUUGGAAAGAAAGUAUAUUGCCUCUUUUGGAUUCGCUGCCAUCAAAUAUUGAUCCAAAAUUUUUUAGUGUCGAGCAAUAUUUUGCUGCGAAGAGCUUGAUUGCUUCUCGUUCUUUUGAGAUUGAUGAUUAUCAUGGAUUUGGAAUGGUUCCUUUGGCUGACCUCUUUAAUCACAAGACCGGAGCUGAGGAUGUGCACUUUACCAGUACGUCAUCUCAUUCUGAAUCUGAUGAUGACUCUGACAAUAGUGAUACCGUUGACUUAGAUGCUGAUAGUAUUGGCAACAAGGAACCAUCAAGCGAGCUGGAUUGCUCUUCAGUUACUGGCGAUGAUCCCUCAGUGUUGGAAAUGAUUAUGGUAAAAGAUGUUAAAGCUGGAGUUGAGGUCUUUAAUACAUAUGGUUUGCUGGGUAACGCUGCAUUGCUUCACAGAUAUGGGUUUACAGAGCCAGAUAAUUCCUUUGGCAUUGUCAAUAUCGAUUUGGAAUUGGUACAACAAUGGAGUUCCUCAUUAUUCUCUAGCAGGUUUAGUAGAGCAAGGUUAUCCCUUUGGAGAAGAUUGGAAUACAGAGGAUGUGACAGCCAGAGUGCUGAAUACUUUGAGAUAUCAUCUAAUGGGGAACCGCAAAUUGAGUUGUUGAUUUUAUUGUAUAUAAUAUUGCUGCCGGAGGAUACUUAUCGCAAGUUGGAUCUUGCAGUCUCAGCUGCAAAUAACCACAAAGGAUCCAUUGACACAAUUUUAUCUGAAAAAUGGAAUAUUACAUGGGAUAAAAUCUCAGAAAUGAGAGCAGACUUGUUGCUGACAGAAAGUGUAUGCAAUGCUCUUUUGUGGCUUGCUGAUAAGAGGGAGAGUUUAUAUGGCUCAAGUUCAAUAAAAGAUGAUAUUGAAGCACUGGAAAAAUGUUGUACUAAAGAGAGAAAGCUAUACCAUUCGCUGAUAUUGCGUGCGAGUGAAAGGAGGAUUCUCGAGAAACUGAGAGCCUAUGCUGCUGUUGGUGCUCGUUCCCAUUCCUCUUUAAAAUCCAUUCAGAGAGAACCCAAGAGGAAGAGAUCUAAGAGGAGCUGAGGUGCAAUACUUUUUUUCCACUUUUAUAGAUGUCUGUCAUGUAUUCUUUGUUUCUUGUCCGCUGCCAAACAACUUCGGUGAUGCUCCCUCGGAAAACAGUGUUUUCUUUUAUGAGCAUCAGAGAUAGUUCGGACAAUAACACGAUUAUUGGCACUGGAUGGCUGAAGCACUUAACGCGACUUCUUACUUGAACACGUCCCAUUUGCUGGAUGAUUGUACCAUUAAUUUCUUUCCAGAUAUCUGAUCUGAUUUUUUAUCCGCCUUUUUUUGUAUUUUCCUUGAUCCUUGUGGACAUUAUCAGUUUGUUUGAUUGAAGUGAACUAAUAAAACUUGUUUUUGGAUUAUGAAAGUUCA